AUGAGUUCCUACGGACACAGGGCAAAUCAAUAUUUCAUCAAAGAAAAGAACAGGCUUGAUUCUAAACUUCGGUGGUUGAUCAAUAAAAAAAUGAAACAAGCCAUCGUCAGGAUCGCGCCCAUACAGUACAAUUCUGACUCCGUCCGUAAAUCACUUAGCUCAACAUUAGAUAAUACUUGUAGAUCUUUGGGGCGCGGCUUUCUUAAUCCAGCACCGUAUUUCGUCGACAGUUCUGUUCUUCCAAAUAAAUGUUCUCUCAAUCCUAUGAUUUCCAUACUCCCUAACUCCUUUCCGUCACAGGUCCCUUCGUCUCUGUCCACGGUCAGAGACGGUUGGUUCCUGAACUUGUCUUCGUGCGAUAUUCCUAACAAUGUUCAAUGUUUUUUACAAUUGGGUGAAGACUUUGCGCUCCCCUUCGAUAAUAAGAACAAGAUUAUUUUUAACUGCAUUAAGGGUAUUGAGAGUGGCACAUUGAGGAUGCCUUUGGACAAGAAAAUGGACAUAAUUAAUCAGUCUAUUCCCAUCCUAAAAAAUAUCAUUUCUUCUCCUGUCUUUACUCUGGAUGUCCACAAACAGUUAACUAAGAUGGAGUCAGAAACUCGGUUGUUCUUGUCGGCGCAUCCCAAUAUUGUGUUCACGCGUGCGGACAAGGGCAACGUCACUGUUGCUAUCGACAGAGAUGCGUACAAAGACCAAAUGAUUACGUUACUGGGGGACUCGGACACGUACGUCCAGAUUAAUAAAGAUCCGACAAAAAAACUGACGACGGCUUUAAGAUCUAUGCUCACAAGGUGGAAAACAGGAGGAUAUAUUGGGGACUCUGAGUACAGAGCGCUGUACUGCAGCGAUGGGUCUCUCCCGAGGGCCUAUGGACUGCCAAAGAUACACAAACCUGGCUGUCCUUUAAGAAUUAUCGUGUCGUCGAUGGGCAGUCCGCUAUAUUCUUUGGCUGCGUUCUUACAGAAUAAAUUAUUUAAGACCAUUCCGAAAACCGAUAGCAACAUCAAGAAUAGUUUUGAAUUAGUCGAAAAACUAAGGAAUGUACAUUUCACAGGGGCACAUGAAUUAAUAUCUCUAGAUGUCACCUCUUUAUUCACGAACGUACCAAUUGAUUUGGCGAUUGACUGCAUAAACGAACAUUGGCAUGCUAUUGCCAGAGAUUGCUCCCUACCUAAAAAAGAGUUCUUGGGGGCAAUAAAGUUCGUUUUAGACUCCACGUUCUUUUCCUUCGACGAUGUAUUUUACAGACAAUGCUUUGGCACUCCCAUGGGCUCUCCAAUAUCACCCAUAAUAGCGGACCUAGUGAUGAGGAGAUUGGAGACGGUGUCCUUGAGGUCGUCGAACGUUGACACAUUAUUUUACUACAGAUACGUUGACGACAUAUGUACGGCGGUACAUCCCUCACAAAUUGAUAGGUUAUUAAAACAUUUUAAUUCAUUCCAUCCGCGCUUACAGUUCACCGUGGAAAGGGGGGGUAAUGCGAUAAAUUUUCUGGAUAUUACCGUGUUGGUCAAUGAAAAUCAAUGUUAUUUGGAUUGGUACCGUAAGCCAACGUUCUCAGGUAGAUUCCUGAACUUUCAUUCGAAUCAUCCUUUGACACAAAAAAAAGGUACCAUCUUCUCGUUAGUUGACAGAGCAUUUUUACUAUCUGACAGUAGAUUUCACACGAAAAACUUAACUUUCAUUAUUAAUAUCUUACUUUUAAAUGACUACCCACUCGAUUUUAUUUUUGAUACCAUGAACCAUAGAAUAAAAAAUUUAAUCAAAAAAAUUCACAACGUGCAUAACGUCACAACUGAGAAUGAUAUUACGAAAGAGUCUACCUCGUGGCUUACGGUCCCCUUCGUUCCGUCUCACACGGAGAGAUUUAGAGCAUUACGCAAAAAUAAAGGCGACAUCAGAAUAGCUUUCCACAGCCCUAACAAGAUGAACAAGUACAUCAGAGUCCAAAAGGACACUUGUCCUCGUACAUCAAAAAGUAAUGUUGUCUACAAGAUUCGAUGCAAUAAUUGCGAUGCAUCUUACGUCGGGCAGACGGGCAGAAAACUAAAAACCAGAAUUGCGGAACACCGUAACCACAUUCGAUACAAAACGUCUACCCGCUCCGUUAUCACCGAGCAUAGACUUCUUUACAAUCAUGAUUUUCAAUGGGACGAUGUUCAGAUCCUUGAUGAAGAACCUUCUUACAGAAAGCGGCUAAUCUCUGAAAUGUUACAUAUCAAAAAACAAAAAAAUAGUUUGAAUCUACAAACUGACACCGAAAGUCUCCAUAAAGCGUAUAUACCGAUAAUAAACAAAGUAUGA